AACUCCAAGUUGAGUAUAAAAUCUGUCUUCAAAUUUUGCGCACUCGCAACUAGGAAUCUGUUGACUGUAAAAUCGCACAAAUGAACUCCAAACAGUAGCACACAGUCAGACAAGUUGACUUUUUUUUGAUAGCAAAGUUUCAGUUCUCUUGUGAAUCAACACUUAAUUUCAACUUGCAAAUUUGCCUUAAAAGUUUUACACUCUUACAACUGAAUAACAUUAACUCGAAACAAUACAAAAUCUGUUUUUUGUCAUUUAAUUUACAAUCGGAAUGAAUUACUUUCCAUUAAUUUUUUGCUUCAUUUCUCAUUGCAACUAAAGAUUGUGUUUUUCGUGUAAAUUUGUGUCCUUUGACUACACUUGGAUAUAUCAAGUUGCACAUUUGGAGUAAAUUUCAAUUCAAAGUUUCAGUGCCAAUUAAUCUCAUCAAUUUGCUAAUCAAAUUGAUGUGCAAGUUUUACCGUGUUUUACGCUGGUCCAGUCGUCGUUGUAACCUGCCAUUAUGAGCAUUGACACUGAAGAUGUACUUCGUCAAUCAUGCCUCAACAAGCACUCUGAUAAGCUGGAUAAUGUCACUUUUGAAAAUUGGUGCAAAGCAGUUUGGGAUGGAGUUUAUUGUUGGCCUCCAGUUAAAGCAAACAGUAAAAUUCGAAUCUCGUGUCACACUAUUUUUGAGACUUCCAAAUUGGAAAUUCAAUCAGAUUACAUUUACUCAGAGCCAGAAGCCUUUCGUUAUUGUGAUUCAACUGGAAAUUGGUCGAAUGGGAAUUGGACCAAUUACACUCAGUGCCUAAGUUUACUUUCAUCGGCUACAAUGCUUCAUCAGAGACUCGAAUGUCCAAGACUUCGAGUUCAUCGUAACCUUGUAUUUGCCUUGAUUAUCCACUGUGUCUCUCUACUGAUAAUAUCUUCGUCCAUUGUGUUUGACGGCCAAUUCAAUUUUACAAAAGAAAAUCCCAUUCUGUGUAAAUUGGUAUUGUCACUUAAAAUGUAUUCUGCUCUUGCAUCCAUCAAUUGGAUGUUCAUUGAAGGACUUUUACUUCACAGUCGAGUUACAACUGGAAUUUUCAGGAAAAGUUUCCCUUUUAAACUAUACUACGCCAUUGGCUGGGGCAUUCCACUUUUCAUCAUUUUGACAUGGGCUUACAUAGUCAAUAAAACGUUGCACUCUCGAUGCUGGGAAGGUUAUGGUGAUCGGGUUACAAUAUGGAUAAUCACAGCACCAAUGAUUCUUGCAUUACUGAUAAACUCGACUUUUUUGGUAAACAUUAUUCGAAUCCUUGUUACCCAAUUGAGCCGUAAUCGAUCAGAGGAAACUAAUAAGAUCAGAAAAGCACUCAAAGCAACAAUCUUGUUGUUUCCUCUUUUGGGAAUCACUCAUCUCUUGUUUUGUUUCAAUCCAAAGGAUAACAAGCAGCUAGAGAUGGCUUAUAUGAUAACUAAUGCCAUUCUUCAAUCGUCUCAGGGAAUUUUCGUCUCAUUUUUCUACUGCUUUGGCAAUGGGGAAGUUCAACGAGCUAUUCGAUGUACCAUUAAACGGGGCUAUGCGGGUCGAAGCUCAACCGUCAACUCGAUUAGAAAUUAUUCUGCGCGAAAUAAUGUGAAAAAAUCUCAAAUGAAAGUUUUGACGCCAUUUCAGCCUAUUAAUGCGGAGAUACAAAUGAACUCUUUCAAGCCAAACGAUAUAUCAAGACUUUGAGGAAACUUUUUCUGCAAAAAAGUGACACCGAAACAAAUUCAAAGUAAUCAUGAAAUGUGUAUGUCGACUUUUUUUGUAUUCUAAAACAUAUUUUGUACUCUUUAACUUGUUUUUGCAAUUAUAUUUUGAUUAAAACAUUGAUUAUCGA